CACACACAGCUUGCUGGCUCCAGGAGCCAGCGUCUGCGUUCGCGUGGCGAGGCGCUCCCAGGAGACGCUUCGUUACCAAUGGUGACGGUGAGCAAAACAGAAGGACCUCAUCGUGUGGAAGGACGGAGGUGCGUGGAGAGAUCAGGUUUGAGUGUUCAUCGUGAAAGAAAAGGAAGAAGCUAAGAUGGCGGAGGGUGGACUCCGAAGCUACCUUUGCAGAUUUUUUCUUUGCGGGACGUGCAGAGAGGGAGAUUCGUGACCGUUUUUACACGAGCUGGUCGCCGGAAUGCCGGACAACGUGUGCAGGCACUACCUCCGAGGGAACUGCAUGUUUGGAAGCAGGUGUCGCUAUGAACAUAUCCCGGCUGGUCGAGGGCACGCCGACAAACCCAAGAUUAGCCGAAAAGGUCAGAGCCGACAUCGCACCAACGACGGCCAUCGAGAGCAGUGCCACACGUCGCUCGCAGCGUCCUCUUUGGGCAGCUCGGCGGGAGGCCACGGAUCUGGACUGCCUUCAUCGAGGGCGACACACAAGAACGGUGGGGGCUCCCCUUACUCGGACACCGAUGCCGGGCCGCGAAAGCUCGAGACGCAUAAGGCGCCAUUGAACUGGGUCGACGCGCCUGAAUUCGUACCCAAAAGCGAAAGCGGCGUGCAAACGUCAGCGGAAUCCCACGCACGCCGUCACGAGGACGCUCCGCAACAGACGCAGGAUGUCAUAGGAGGCGCACUGAAGCCGCUUUGCCCUUUCAGAGCGACCAGCAAACGAUGUCUCCUAGGCAAACGGUGCUUGAAGACCCACCUUGAGCUGUGCGACCUGUGUCAGAAGUGGUGCCUUCAUCCCGACGACCAAGAGCAGCGGAGGCAGCGCAAAGAGGAAUAUGUCCAGAAGCACGAAGAAGACAUGGAACUUUCUUUCGCCGUGCAGCGCAGCACGGACAAAACCUGCGGCAUCUGCAUGGACAUGGUCAUCGACAAGGAUCCUAGCUCGGAGCGACGGUUCGGCAUCCUGGAGAAGUGCUGCCACGUCUUCUGCCUCAGCUGCAGCCGGAAAUGGCGAGGCUCCAAGGAGUUCGACAGUACGACCGUACGCUCUUGCCCAGAGUGCCGCAUUCAGUCGGACUUUCUCCCUCCAAGCAGCUGCUGGGUGGAAGUUGGAGCCGAAAAGGACAAGCUCAUAGCGGAAUACAAGAAGGACACGGAAGUCAGGACACAGCAAAAAACACACCUUUACGUCGUUCAGGCCAGGCUUCGAGUCCCUGCCGCCGAGGCCCUCGUGGGCCACGCCCGCGAUCGUUCGAGCUCGCGCCCCGUGCCCAUCGCACGCUUCUAAAGGUCACCGCAGCUCUACUGCACACCCCGCAUGUCGCUUGCGACAGACUGUAUAUACGGCAAAUAAGGCUGUAUAUACGCCAGAUUAGGCUGUAUAUAUUCCAGAUACGGCUUUAUAUUCGCCAGAUAAUACUGUAUAUAAGGAAGAUAAGGCUGUAUAUAUUCCCCAUAUGGCUUUAUAUUCGCCAGAUAAGACUAUAUGCGGCAGAUAAGGCUGUAUAUAAGCCCGAUUAGGCUAUAUAUUUUCGAGAUAAGACUUUAUAUUCGCCAUAUAAGACUGCCUAUAUGGCAUAUAAGGCUGUAUUUACGCCAGUCUAGGCUGUAUAUGUUCCAGAUAAAGAUUGAUAUUUUCCAGAUAAGACUGUAUAUACGGCAUACAAGGCUGUAUAUAUGCCAGAUUUGGCUGUAUAUAUUCCAGAUAAGGCUUUGUAUUCACCAUAUAAGUCUAUAUAUAUGUCAGACAAAGCUGUAGAUAUGCCGGAUUAAACUGUAUA